AAGUUAACUGGGCUUAAAAUAUUGUACUAUUAAAAUGUUAAGAAAAAGAUUAAAAUUUGUUUAGUUAUAAUCAUAUGUUCUUUAGCUAAAUUUGUGUUAAAUUUGUCCUACAAAUUAUUGUAUUUUGCAAAAAACUAUACUAUACACAUAUACAUAACAUACGUAAUAUUAUAUAUAGAAAACAAUUUUCUUUCAAUUCCGACUGCUUAUUCAUUUGUAUUGCAACACUGUCGAUUUUGACGUUCUUUAUACACAUAUUUCGCAUCAUCUAUAGUCAUUAAAUUUUUGAUAAAUUCAAUAUUACUUCUGAAUAUAUUAAAUUAUAUAUUUUGAAGUGAAGAACGGAAUUACUAUGCGUUCCCGUUCCCGAACAAGGUCACGGAGCCGUCAUCAUCCACUUGAAAAACGAAAACAUAAUUCGCGUGAACGUGAUAGAAGUGAAAGAGUAAGGAGUCAUGGUAGACGUAGGCAUACACGUUCAAGAACUAAAUCACAGACACAUUCACGCUCUCGUUCAAGAUCAAUAACACGUAUAGGAUCCGUUGAAAGUCGCCGGGAUAAGUAUCAACCGAGAGAAAAUCAUCGCUCGAAAUCAAGGUAUAGAAGGAGUACUAGUCGUUCUGUUCCUGCAGACGAUAAACAAAAUGUUGAACGUUGGCCCAAUGAUAAGUAUCAUGAAAAUAAUUAUGGUGGGCGGCAGAGCAACCCUUUUCGAAGUGGAAACGGUGGAAAUAACCAUCUGCAGAAAAUGUCUUCUAACUACUUGGAAGCACGACGGGAGCAACGUGAAUUGAUCGGUGUAGAAGGUUCUGAGGAUGUAUGGAGUAAAAGCCCAGCUCAUCCCGAAAUAUAUUCAGACGAUGAACUAAACGAUCCUGAUGUUAAAAUUCUAGAUAGUACUUACAAAAAGCUAAAAAAGAAGAAAAGUAAGGCUAAAAAGAAGAAAUCGAAAAAAUCAAAGAAACAUAAAUCUAAUAGCAAAAAGAAUUCUAAAAGCAAACGUAGUAAGAAGAAAAAAAUGUCGAGCUCCAGUGAUACAUCCAGUACAAGUUCAGAUUUCUCUGCAGAUGAAAGUUCUGAUAGUGAUAGUUCGGAAAACGAAAGCUCUUCAGACUCCGAUACUGAAGCGGUGGACAUAUGGUUGGAAAAGACGGUAGACGGAGUCAAGUCAUUAAAAAAGAAAACAAAAACCAAAAAAUACAAAAAAAAUAAAAAACGCUCUAAAAAUGAAGCCAGCAAAUCUAGUUUAGACAGAAUACGAUCUUUACACGAUGUUGGCGUCGGUGGUGAAGAGUUCGGACCGACACUAAGGCAAACCAGUGGUCUAAGCCAGAAGGAUUUUGGACGUGCUCUUUUACCUGGUGAAGGUGCCGCCAUGGCUGCGUAUAUUGCAGAGGGAAAACGAAUUCCACGUAGAGGUGAAAUUGGUUUGACAUCCGAGGAGAUUGCCAACUUUGAAUCCGUUGGUUAUGUUAUGAGCGGUAGUAGACAUCGCCGCAUGGAAGCAGUACGUAUUCGUAAAGAAAAUCAAAUAUAUUCUGCAGAUGAAAAAAGAGCUUUAGCCAUGUUUAGCAAAGAAGAGCGACAGAAGCGUGAAAACAAAAUUUUGUCACAAUUUAAGGAAAUGAUUAAUUCCAAGUUGCACGCGAAGGAUAAGAAAUGAUGUGUGUAUAUACUAUAUAACUAAAUAAAAAGAAAAAUUACCCUCACUUUUUAAUUAAGUGAAAUCAUUAUAAACUAAA